UGUCAAAAAAACGCGCGGUUAUUGUUUGUUAUUGAAUCAUGUUUCGGUGAUUUUGAGUAUUUUCUAAAUCGAAUAAAUUCUUUAAAAUAGGCUACAAUGACUAAAACAGUGCGUGGAUUAUUGCAAAAUGUGCGUUCGUUCGACGAAACAGAUCGUAUGCCAGACAAAAUUAGUGUUACGAAUUUGGAUAUUAUUAUGUAUGUGGUUGCCAUUGUUGGGCAUUUCGUGGACUUAGGAUUGGAUAUCAACGUUGCUGUGAGGUACUCUCUAGCACGGAAGAUGACGGAGUUCGGGUGGACGCUGGCGUUCAUCCUGAUCCCUGCGUUUGUCAACACAGCUGUCUCCCUCAGAAUGUAUUCCUUGGAUAAGCAACAGGACUCCUUGUCAAAUGAGUUCACAAAACGCAAGUGGCUUCAAAUCUUCAUUCUAGUGCUGCAGAUGGCCCCCAUAUUGAGAUUUGCUGAUGCUUUAAUUUACGCCAUAAAGUCUCGCCGCGCGGAACGCAAGCAGGACCCGGCGACGCAGCGGGUGUACUACGGGCUGAUGCUGAAGGAGGACGCGGACGCGGCGCUGCUGCGGAUCUUCGAGUGCUUCCUGGAGGCCGCGCCGCAGCAGGUGCUGCAGACCAGCCUGCUGCUCAGGGCCAACCAUGAGUUCGCUGUGCACCAGGUGCUAUCAAUAGCGUCCUCCAUCAUCGGCAUGGGCUGGUGUCUGGCGGCGUACCAGCGCGCGGUGCGCUACGACCAGCAGGACAAGAACAACAUGAGCUGGUCCGGGACCAUCCUGCAGACGGUCUGGCAUUUUCUUGUUACUUUGAGCCGCAUCAUCUCAAUAGCGACCAUCGCGUACCUGUUCCCACACUGGACGGUCGUGGCCUGCGCGCUGCACAUCCUGCUCACCGCCUCCCUCAUCCAGAUUUUCGACCGCAAUCCGUUCUGCUCGCACAACCGCCUCGCCGAUGUCGCCUUCUCUUUCGCACUCGGAGGAGUCUACCUCUUCACGUACAUACUCCCCGUUGAGGGCAGGACCAGGUAUCGCUAUCUAAUCUUCUACAGUUUUUGUUUCAUACAAAAUGUCACGUGUGGUGUUCUUUGGUAUCUGUAUGCGAGUGAUGAUAUGAGGACUUCGAUUUACUUUUUGCCUGUCCUAGCGUUUACUGUGAUACCCUAUGUCUUAGGGUUGGUGGUUAUGGUCAUUUAUUACAGGUUCUUCCACCCGAAAGUCAGUAAAAGUGGAUUUAGUGUAUCUUUUUCUAGUAGCAAAUGUAGGAACGAUAAUGUUGAGUCAUGAUAUCGCUGUUUUGUGAAAUUGAUGCAUUAUUAGUAAUGGCAAUUCUGUCUAGCUUUUUCUGGUUAGAUUUCAAUAUAAUCUGUUCAAAAGUACAACAAUAAUUAUCAUCUUUUUCGCAUUUAUUCAAAAUUGCUUUGUUUUAAAACGAUAUGCAAAUCCACUGUGACAAACAAUAUCUGUUUCCCAAAUAUUAUGAGCGUGUCAUAUUAAAAUGCUCAACGAGAUCUGAACCAUUGAGAUAUCCUUAAUUAUAUGUUUAUUAUGAAUCUUUUUAAGUUGCUUCUACCUCUCUGAAUAUCGUUUAUGUUAACUUUUUUGUUUAUAUUAUUGGAUAAACAGACUUAUGUAUUACAUAAUUAUUGUAUAUGUAAAAGACAAGAUAUUUUGUCGCCCUGCACAAGUUACACUGCCGCUCGAUAUUAAUAACGAGUUCUAUAUAUGAAACGAUCGAAUACAUAGACCAAAAAAUUUAGACGUCUUACGUGGUCUUUGCGCUUAUAAAUACGCGAUAGUGCCAAUAUUCAAACAAGGUGCUCAUUCUUUUAAUCUGUUUAACGGUUAUUAGCCAAGGUAUAAAGAGUACGGUAUUUAGCAAAUAUGCACUGUCUAUUCUAAUAAGUUUCUUUUAAAAGUUGUCAGACAUAGUAAUAAACGCGCAAAGUGCUAUUUACGGUCAUAAAUCACGUUUAUUUUGAAAUACUCGAUUAUUUUUGCGUAUUCUACAUCCGACAUCAUUUUUGGUCUAUACGCGAAUGUAUAUAAAUGAUAGUGAUCAAAUUAAAUAUAAGCAAUAAGUGUUACCUAAAUGUUAGUUAAGGAAUGUGUAUCAUUAAACCAAUGUUUUAAAUACUCAAACAGAAUUGUAUCUUUAUUUUUAUACCUUUUAUAACGAACAAAAUGAUAUAUUUUAUGUAUUAUUGUAGGUAUAAGUAAUAGUAAUAGGAAUUGCUAGAAAACUUUAGGUUCAAUCUUGUAAGUGUCAAAACAAUGGUGUUCUUUUUUCAUAUUAAUAUCUCAAAAUAUUGUAUUCAGCCAGUUUUAAUCUCAAAUGGUUUAAAUAUAUUUUUGAAACACUUAAGUACCAAUGUACAGCCUAGUUUGUGUUUUUCUCAAUUAAAGUAGAUUAUUAUAAAAAUAGGUGCUUCCAACAGCAUGAUACUAAAGACUGGGUAGUAAUAAGUUUAUAUGAGAUUUCAAGAACAUUUUGCUGUUGAUUUAAAGAUAUUCGAUAUUUUUUGUACCACUUUUACCUAUAACACAUAUUUUUGUAUGUACUUAAUUCUCUAAAUUACUGGUGAUAUUGGUAAUAAAUAUACUGUAUCGUUUAUUUAACUGUAAUAGUAUUAAUAAAUUAUUUUUUAUAAA